AUGGCCGUCCCGAUGUCGGUGUCGCCGCAGACCGCCGGCCCGUCCUCGUACGGCUCUGGGUUCGUGUCCAUCAGCACAGACUCAACGAGGAGCAUACGCCGCAGCGACGCUACGCCCCCAGUCUCCCCAGCGGCGGAGGCGAGUCCGAGCGCGGAGGUUGCUCACGUCGCGCGCCGGCCGCGCUCGCUUUCUAGCCUGCGCUCCACGCGCUCUCUCUCGGCGGUCUCGGUCCGCAAGAUGAAGACGAGGCUCGUGACCAACAAGGCCCCGGGUACGAUCGCGCGCAAGCUGCUCUUCAAGCGACGGACGGACUCAUCCUCCUCUGACGAUGCGGGCGCGAUUCGAUCUCCUUCGGCGAGGCGCGUGGUCGACACAGAAGCCCACGGCGGCGUGGAGCUCGGGCGCGGGAGCUGCUUCAUGCCGUGGGCGCGCGACCUGAAGGCGUGCACGAGCCCACCACAAGGCACGCUCGUUGACAUCGACGUCGGACUCGUCACGCCGCUCACGCCCGUCUCCCCAAUCUACCGCAUUGGCCAACCCGCCGGAACGCUGCGCACCAAGGGCCGGUCGUACUCGUCCCCAUUCCCCCUACCCACGGCGGCGACAGAUACGGUCGGUGCUUCUCCGCUUGACGUCGUCCCCCUCGCGCCCGCAGAUAUUUCAGAACCCAUCAUAGUCAAUAUACCAGACUAUUUCGACGAGUGGCUCCCACGCGAGCUGCGGCUCCGCGUGCUCGUCGCCUUCGUGGACCUGUACGACGAGGAGCAUGCGGAGAUGGUUGCGGGAACCAAGUGGUCCGCCGGACGCGCCGGUCAGUCACGCAAUCGUUGGGUAGGGAGAGAGAAGGGCAUUCGGGAGCUUCUAAAGCUCAGCAGGGUGUGCAAGGCUUGGCAGAGCCUUGUGUAUGACGGGCAGCUGUGGGCGCGACUGCCCAGGCUCCUUACGAGCGUACUCACGCGCUUGUGCGACACUGCGGGCGGGUUCGUCAAGCGCAUCGACUUCACAGGCCUGGCGGAGCUCACGUCAGAUAUGCUCAUCGAGAUGACGGACGCCCUGUGUUCCCACUCGACGGUUCCCAGCGGUCUCCAGCACACACACAUUACGAAGAUUGAUCUAUACGGCUGCAACGCUAUCUCUUCUCGCGCUCUACACUACCUCCUCAUCCGCGCCCCGGCACUCCAGUCGCUCUGCAUCAAGGGCCUACCCGCGGUUAACUCUAACACAUGUUCGGUACUCUCGACAUACUGCCGCAAGCUUCGCAUCCUCGACAUGUCGCGAUGCGCGAACGUUAACGGCGACGGCAUACGCGCUCUGGCCGAGUCCGCGCUGGACCGCGGCGAGAUGUUGCCCCUCACGGUCCUUCGACUCAACGGCCUUACCCGUGUAUCCGACGGGAUGAUGUUCGCCCUUGGCCGCGCGGCUCCCCUGCUGGAGGUGCUCGACCUCAGCUGCGCGACGGCGCUCCACAACUCCUCCAUCGAGGCCUUCGUCACGCUUUCCGCCGCAGAGGCCCUUCCACCCCCCAUACAGACGCCGGUGACCCGCCUACGGCACCUUGCGUUGUCUGGCUGCCCGCUCCUAACGGACCACGCGCUCUCGCACCUCGCACACGCAGUCCCAGCGCUUGAGCUGCUCGAGCUCGCGGGUGUCGGCCCGGACCUACGCGACGACGGGCUCAUACGCCUCUUUGGAACGACGCCGCGGCUGCGCAAGGUCGACCUCGAAGACGCAACCGAGAUCACGGACGCGGUUCUCGCCGCGCUCACCCCCGUGGAGGAAGACGCUUCGGUGGCUCCCCCGCCCCGCCGCAGCCCGCGCGCACCGCAGACGGGCGACGUGCUCGAACACCUGACGGUGUCGUACGCGGGGCACCUCACGAACGACGCGUUCCUCGCGCUCGUGCGCGGGUGCACGCGCCUGCGCGUGCUCGAGGCGGACAACACGCGUCUGAGCAGCGCCGCGUUGCGCGAGUUCGUCAUGCUCUCGCGGGCGCGCACGGUGCGGCGCGGCGCGGAGCCGAGCUCCGUCGUCGUCGCGAUCGACUGCCGCGGGGUGGGCGAGGUGGUCGUGCGCGACCUGGCUGCCGCGGGGCACACGCGCCCCCGGGACGGCUGGCGCUCCUUCGAGGCGCGGCGGCUGGCGUUCGCGGACGCGAGGGACGAGGACGCGCGGGCGGUGCUCGACGCCAGCGUGGGCGAGGACGAGUGCGACGCGACGAGGGUGGUCGUGAAGACGUUCUACUCGUGGCAGACGGUGGACGCGGUGCGCGCCGCGCGAGAGAAGAGGAGGAAGGCGCGGCGGGCCGCGAACGGCAGCGCGAGCAGCACCGGGGAAAGCAGCGCCCCGGGCGCGAGUGCCAGGGCGCGGUGGUGGAGCCCUGGUGCUAGGCGGGCGGGCGGGGCGUCGCCGGUCGCGUUGGAGGGGAUGGACCGGGACGGGUGCACGAUCAUGUAG